UUUGUAACUGCUAAAAUAAUUAGUGGAUUUGAUGCUGAUGCCUGAUGAUGUAGGCUAGGCUACUGGGCCGGUUUCACGUGUCUUCCGCCUGGUGGUGCUGAGCUCCGCAUGGUAACGAGUGAGCGGGAGUUCGGUUGAACUUUUUCCUCCACAUACGGUAAUCUGACACCGACACUAACCCCAAUAAGCAGAGGAUGGAUUCCAAACUUCAUUCGCAAAAAUAGCUCAGCAAGAGCAGACGAGAAAACACGGCCGAGCAGGGGACGAACAUCUGAACGCCUCCGUUCGCGCGUAUUUAAUCUGUGGCUUCAGGUUUUUUUGUUGACUGAAAAGUUUAUAUCUAAAGAGGCGGAUGGGUGACGACCAUUCUCGGCGCUUCCAUGUGAGGAGACGAUGAAGAAUUACAGCAGCAGCCCCCGUCUAAACAAUCACAGCGCGAGUCACAGCACAGAUCGCAACAGCAGAACGGGAUUCUGGUUAUCGGCUCUCAGGCUUCGCUUCUCCCUGCGCGAUUAUGCUUUCUGCAUGGCCACACUGCUGCUCUUCUGUCUCGGCUCACUGUUUUACCAACUGAACGGAGGACCCCCUAAAGUUCUGCUGGAGAUCAGGCAGUACCUCGGAGAAUCCACUUUUGUUGACGACCACGGGCCUCCCACACCAAGGGAGCUGCCAUUCCCAAGCCAGGUGAUCUACAACAGGGUUGGCAAGUGUGGAAGUCGGACAGUUGUCCUGCUGCUGAGGAUUUUGGCAGAAAAGCACCAGUUUAACCUGGUGUCCUCUGACAUCCAUAACAAAACCAGACUCACAAAGCAUGAGCAGGUCAGUGGAUGGGUGGAUUUGAUGAGAAACAUUAGCACUAUUCCACAGCCUUUUCUUUACACCAGGCAUGUUCACUUUCUCAAUUUCACAAGGUUUAGGAUAGAACAGCCUGUCUAUAUAAACAUCAUCAGGGAUCCCAUUAACCGUUUCCUCUCCAAUUACUUUUUUCGUCGUUUUGGGGACUGGAGAGGAGAGCAGAAUCACUUGAUCCGCACACCCCAGAUGAAAGAUGACGAGAGAUAUUUGGACAUUAACGUUUGCAUCAUGGAGAACUACCCGGAGUGCUCCAACCCACGCCUCUUUUACAUUGUUCCAUACUUUUGUGGACAACACCCUCAGUGCAGAGAGCCUGGAGUUUGGGCUUUGGAGAGGGCCAAACAAAACGUUAUAGAGAACUUCCUACUUGUUGGGAUUCUGGAAGAGCUGGAGGAUGUAUUGCUCCUGCUGGAGAGACUCCUACCUCACUACUUUAGUGAUGUCCUAAGCAUCUACAAGAGUCCAACAUUCUGGAAGAUGGGGAACCUUACAGGCACAGUGAAGAAGCACAUGCCGACUAUAGAGGCCCUGCAGGUGCUUUACCAAAGGAUGAAGUACGAGUACGACUUUUACAACUUCAUUCGUGACCAGUUCCAUUUAACCAAGAAGAAGAUCGGCCUCAAGUCCGCCUCCCAGAACUCAGCUCAUGAACCUGACUUCCUCCGUGAGCUUGCCCUCAGGACCCAAGAACCUUUGGAAGAGGAGGAGGAAGAGGAGGAAGAAGAGGAGGACAUGGGGCAAGAGGAGGCCAACAUCUGGAUGGUUCAGCCCUGAGUAUUAGCCAUUGAGGUUGGCAUGGCAGAAAUCUCAUAAGCUUGAUGUCUAUGUCCAAUCAGGAGGUAGAGUCAACAUUCCCAGGACUAAAAUUGGGUGUGUAACAGUGAUCCCCGUGUUUUUAACGGGACGGCCCUUCGAGACACUCUCAAGAGGAGCACAGAAGGGUCUGGAAAGUUAUUUAAGGAACUAACAAUUAUGUUUAUGGAAUUGAGCAGUUGGUUGUGGUCAUUUCCUGGUGAGAUGAUACGCAAUUGGAAUUACAGGGAUGUUGUUGGAUUGUCGAAAUGGAGGAAAAGAACUAAUUGUGGUAUAGCAGAAUAUGCUGUGGAAGUUUUUAGGCACCUGGAACCUGGGUGACCUCAACCCACACUUUCACAAGCAAACGCAUUCAGACUACGCAAUUGAGGCAAGUGAAGAUCACAACAAAGUGCCAAACCUGUGAAAAAAGUGAAAAGGAUUACUGCGCAAUAUUGUUGUAAUCAAAAUAAACAACUCAAAACACCAAUCAGAUCUCAUCACUCACUUCCUUUGGUUUUCGAAACCUGCUGCAACUCUGUGCCAGAACUUCAGUGCUAGUCUUUUUGGAAGGUUAUUUUGUAUAACCUGUACAAUACAUCAAACACUUUUGAAUGUCUGCAAAAUGUCAAAUGCAGCACACUGUUCAUCUAAACUGUUUAAUGUGUUCGCCUUGACAGUGUCAUCUGUUGUGUUCAGUCGUUGGAUAAAAUUGGGCUCCUAAGUAAGUUCCAUUUGGCACAUGAUGUGCUAAACACAACUGAAGUACAGUUAAUACUUCACCUCAAAAUUAAAAAGCAGCUAUACAUAUUUUUCCUAGUCUGUAUUGCUCAGCAGUGUACAAUAGAUUGUUAAACUACUGGGAUAUCAAACAAUACCCAGCUAGUUACAUCUAAACAAUGAUUAUCCGGCUCAUAGGAAAACAAGUUUGACAACAGGACAAAAAAAGUAAAAAAUAAAUGCGCAAAUUUGAGUUUUAUAAUGAUUUCUAAAUCAUUUUUAUGCUGCUCCACAGAUCAACACCUGUGUGUUUUAACUAAAGAAUGGUCCACUUAUAUUCAUUACAGGUCCAACUAUACUGGAGUGAUUAAUACGUGACUAAAUAGAUGCCAUAGCUACAAGCUCUCACAGAAUUUAACACUUUCCUCUUAAACCUGCCAGUUAAGUAUACUUGUGUACUUGUUUAUUGUUCAAUGUGGAUUUUAUAUUGUUUAAUUUAUUGUGCAGUAUUUUUUGCAUUCCAUGUAUGAAUCUCAG